AUGAGCCUAGACACCCCAAUAGCAGAGCUAGUAGAGUUUAUCAGUGCUGCUCAGUUUGCGUAUCAUACAGAUGCACAGCUUGGAGAACUGUCCUACGACAAUAAGAUUCAUCAGCACCAAAAGUUGAAUGGACCUGUUUACAUGUCAAAAAAGAAGAGGAAGUUUUAUGACAAUGAAAUGCGGAAGCUCCAGAAACAACGCAAGUAUCUUGAGAAACAGCCAAUGGAUCAUGAUAAUGAGAUAGUUCAUCUGCCAAAUCCCAUGGUAGGAUUUGGAGUCCCAAAUCAGCCAUCACCUGUUUUGUUUCAAAGAAGAAUUCCUGAUGAAGCUGAAGGCCGGCCAUAUUUUUACUUUGAGAAUGUCGCACUCGCUCCUAAAGGAGUUUGGCACACAAUGUCACGCUUCCUAUAUUACAUAGAUCCUGAGUUUGUAGACUCAAAAUUCUUCUGUGCAGCUGCAAGAAAGAGAGGCUACAUACACAACCUUCCCAUCGAAAAUAGAUCCCAACUCUUGCCCACCCCGCCUUCUACCAUACAUGAGGCACUACCACAUACAAAGCAGUACUGGCCUUCUUGGGACAAAAGAAUGCAGUUGAAUUGUAUACUGACAUGUAUUGGAAGUGCUAAACUCACGGAUAGGAUAAAGAAGGCAGUUGAGAAAUCGGGUGAUGAGCCUUUACCAGGUGUUAAGAAGUAUGUUAUUCAACAGUGCAAAAAAUGGAACUUGAUUUGGGUUGGAAAGAAUAAGGUUGCACCACUUGAACCCCAUGAAAUGGAAAUGCUAAUGGGCUUCCCGCCAAACCACACACGUGGUGGAGGAAUUUCUCGCACAGAACAGUAUACAGUCCUUGGUAAUGCUUUCCAGGUUGACACAGUUGCUUAUCAUCUUUCCGUGUUGAAGAGGAUGUUCCCGGACGGAAUUAGCGUGCUAUCACUGUUCUCUGGAAUUGGUGGAGCUGAAGUGGCAUUGCACCGGCUUGGGAUUCCCCUCAGGAAUGUUGUUUCUGUUGAGAUAUCAGAAACUUGCAGAAAAAUACUUCAAAGUUGGUGGGAUGAAACCAAUCAACAAGGCAAGCUAAUUCACUUUCAUGAUAUCCGAAUGGUCACUGCACAUGAGCUAGAGAAAUGCAUGUCGACAUUUGGCGGUUUUGAUUUAAUCAUCGGUGGGAGCCCUUGCAAUAAUCUUGCAGGAGGCAAUCGGUCUACUAGGAAUGGGCUUGAAGGUUCAAAGUCUUGUUUGUUCUUUGAGUAUUAUAGGAUCAUUGAACUUGUUAGAUCAAUGAUGAGGCAUCGUUGAGGUGGAUGUAAUUUUUCCCGUGGAUGCUUGACACUUGCUUCUACACCUUGUGAUAACAAUUUCCUUGCCAGAGG